UAUUAAUGGGUGUUUAUGUAAACAAAUGAAACACUUAAAAGGUAGAAAAUUAUGGUUAAUUAUUUAUUAAAUUAUUUCAUUGGCGCGUUCACUAUUCAUCCGCUGGUGUAGAACCGGUGAAAUAAACCAAACUAAAGGCGCAAGCGACAAUUUAUAUAUUAAGACCCGCCUAUACGGGAAGUUAUAAUCAAAACGGAGGGGUCAAGGUUCGGGGGCAGUAUCGCGACGUCCUCCCCCAGCUGAAGGAGUUUUUAAUUAUUUAUUUUUUACCCCAGCUGAAGGAGUGCAGUCGGCACACUAGCACAACAUCAGCGAAUUGGUUAAAGACACGAACGUAUAGCUCGAAUUUGCAAACGUUGAUUCUGUUACAAGGUCAGGUAAUAUUUUUGUUUUACUAGAAUUUAGAUAACCUUUAUAAGAUAUAUAGCCUCCAGCUGAAAAUGUCAAACUGAACUAGUCAAAGAUUAUUUUGUGUUAACCAGUUUUAUUGUGGCUAAUCAUUAAUUGAAUGCGUAGCCUGAGUUGUGUGGGUGGUUCAUUACACUAAUGGUUGAUAACUGAUUCAAGGUAAUCUGCACUCUUCACUGACAUGCUAAGAAGAGUAGCGGCAAAUGUGGCUGUGAAUAGUUGGAAAGGAAACAUUUUUGAACUUGAUCAUAAGCUGGCUGCUGACUACAAGGUGGUGAAUCUAGGCCAGGGCUUUCCUGACUUCUCCCCACCAAGCUACAUCCAAGAGGCCCUCUGCAAAGCAGUCAACGGAGGAUGUUCAAUGCAUCAGUACACACAUGCUUUCGGCCAUCCCCCUCUUGUGUCGAUCCUGGCUAAGUUCUUUGGUAGAGUCGUGGGACAUGAGAUUAAUGCUUUCGAGGACAUCCUGGUCACUGUCGGAGCCUACCAGGCUCUCUUCUGCACCUUUCAAGCCCUGGUCGAUGAAGAAGAUGAGGUCAUCAUUAUUGAGCCUUUUUUCGACUGCUAUCAGCCAAUGGUGAAGAUGGCAGGAGGAAAAGGUGUCUAUGUGCCACUGAGGCCCAGAGUGGAGGGGGGCAAGGCCCUGACUAGUGCAGACUGGGUCCUAUCUUCUGAGGAGUUGGCCAGUAAAUUCAACCCACGCACCAAAGCCAUCGUCAUCAACACUCCCAACAAUCCAUUAGGCAAGGUGUAUAAGAGGGAGGAGCUCCAAGUGAUUGCUGACCUGUGUAUAAAGCACGAUGUGGUGUGUAUCAGUGACGAGGUGUACGAGUGGCUGACUUAUGACGGUGCCAAGCACGUGAAGAUAGCCAGUCUUCCUGGGAUGUGGGAGCGGACUGUCACGAUAGGAAGCGGAGGAAAGAGCUUCAGUGCUACAGGGUGGAAGGUUGGCUGGGCUAUUGGAGCAGGGCCCAUUGUAAAGCACCUGAAGACCGUCCAUCAGAACUCUGUGUACCACUGUGCCACGGCCGCUCAGGAGGCGGUGGCCCAAGGUUUCCAGAGAGAGUACGAGCUCUUUGGGACGCCAGAGAGUUACUUCCUGCAGCUGCCUGAGAUGCUGAAUCAAAAGAGGAAGAAGCUGGCGACCUGUCUGGAGAGUGUUGGCCUGCAGCCCAUUCUGCCCGAGGGAGGCUACUUCAUGAUAUCAGACAUCUCCUCUCUCAAGGUUGACUUGAAUGAUCCAAGCACUCAGGAUGAACCUCAUGACUACAGAUUUGUCAAGUGGCUCAUUAAAGAGAAGGGUUUGGCCACUAUCCCCGUCUCUGCUUUCUACAGCCCUGAGCACCGCAAGGACUUCCAAAACUACAUUCGGUUCUGCUUCGUCAAGGAGGACUCGACAUUGAACGCUGCUGAGGAUAUCCUCAGAAAGUGGAGUGACUGAAAAGGAAGAAGGCACAGACAACUCUUCCUGUUUUGGCUUUAUCCACCCCAGCUCAACUUAAGUCUGCUCCGUUGAACCGAGCCAUAUUCAACACCUCUGGAUUUGUUUACACUAUGUAGUACUGUAGGAAUAGAUCUCCAUAGGAUGUUUUCCUUUGUCAACGUACACUGAGUGUCUUGAACAUCUUCCUAAUAUUGAUUCGCACACCUUUUUGCCCUCAGAACAGCCUCAAUUUGUUGUGGCAUGGACUCUUAUCCAAAGCGUUCCACAGGGAUGCCGGCCCAUGUUGACUCCAAUGCUUCCCACAGUUGUCAAUUUGGCUGGAUGGCCGUCAGGUGGUGGACCAUUCUUGAUACAUAUGGGAAACUGUUGAGCGUGAAAAACCUAGCAGCGUCGCAGUUCUUGACACAAACCGGUUCUCCUGGCACCUACUUCCAUAACCCAUUGAGGCACUUAAACAUUUUGUCCUGCCCAUUAACCCUCUGAAUGGCACACAUACACAAUCCAUGUCUCAAUUGUCUCAAGGCUUAAUAAUGGUUCUUUAACCUGUCUCCUCCAAUUCAUCUACACUGAUUUUUGAAGUGGAUGGCCCAUAGCUUUCACCUGGAUUCAGCUGGUCAGUCUGUCAUGGAAAGAGCAGAUGUUCCUAAUGUUUUGGAUACUGUGUAUAUCUACAAUGUCAUGAAGGCAUAUGUCGGCGUAGUCAGUCACACUCUCUGUUCUGAUUGUUCUAGUUGGCUGUUUUUUCAUUUUUCUUUUCUUUUUUCAAAUCUGUCCUGAUACGGUAGUAAUCAACCUCUUAGAGUAAUCAUCCGUCCUGCAUGGAUGUGAUCACCAUCCAGAGUGCACUAUAAUUUUAUCACAUUACUGUUGAUUUGAAUAUUUUUGUUUAACUGCUCUGAAUGACAUUAAUGCACAUUUAAAAAUGAGACCAAGGGAAAGAUGUGCAUUGAAUUUGCUGUCUUUGGUAGACCUCACUAUUUGAUGCUGUAAGGUUCUAAUUCUGAGUCUCCCCUUAUCAAUGCCUGCCACAUGUAAUCGCUUCCCUGCACUCAACACAUUUCAAGCUUAGUUGCACACAUUAUAUACCUUCCUCCUAUAACCAUUCACUUCUGGUGUAGACCCUCUCUCAGUAACAUGAAGUAGAUUUCAUAUUCUCAGAACCCAACAAUGUCCUUCAAUCUUUUAGUGAUUUUUUUUUUUUUGUAUUAUCAACUGGUGGUCUACUCCUCAGAAAUUGUCCCAAAGUGUGCUUAUUUGCAUAAAACUGUAUGCUGAUCUUGUAAAAAUAAAGAGUUUUGAAGCGGCUAAA